CAUUAAGUGAAGAUAUUUCGCGUGUUUCUACCAUAUAUAUGACAGCUUCACGAAUUAAAUGGUCUACUUUUGAACAAUUAAUUAUAUGUUUUUCCAUUAUUCCAGUCUUUUCAAGUCGAAAAGUUUGGUCACAUGCUAAACAUGUUGCAACAUAA